AUGGAUGAGUUCUGGCGGGCACCUCCCGUGUCCAGGACACUGACGGCAGCAACCUUCAUUCAGUCGCUUUUGUUCUAUGGCGAACUGAUCUCUGGAAGAUACCUUUUCUUUGUUCCGAGGAAAAUCUUCUUCCAUCUACCUCCUCAGGUCUGGCGAUUGGCGACUUGCUUCUUCCUGACUGGGCCAAGAUUCGACUUCCUCUGGGACCUGUACAACCUUUGGCGGUACAGCAGUGCCCUCGAGUCUCAGUCGGGUCGCUUCUCCAAACCCGGUGACUUUUUCAUCUUCAUUCUGUUCGUAAACACCGUCAUCAUGCUUACUGCAGGCCUCUACAUGGGCUAUAGCUCUUUCCUUCCCGCCCUGAUCAUGGCCCUGGUGUGGACUUUCGCCCAGGACAAACGUGGCACCCGCGUGAGAUUCUUCAUCAUUGACAUCAAGGUGAUCUACUUGCCUGCUGCGAUGUUGUGUAUCACUAUGGUGCAUUGGGGCUGGCAGAGAAUGCUGAUGGAAGCCACCGGUGUUUUCGCUGCUCAUCUUUACGACUUUAUCACCCGCACGUAUCCUAGGUUUGGAGGUGGCAAAAACUUCAUCUUCACUCCCCGUUUCGUCCAGCGCUUCUUCUACAAACAUACCCCGAACGUCGGAUACCGUGGAUAUGGCACGGCUCAUCAUGCACCGCAACCAUCUGAGUCGGCACCUCAAGCUCAACCUCGCGCUACUGAAGGCGGAGAGUCCUGGGGUGGCUGGGGCUCUGGACGCAGACUCGGUUAA